CUUUUUUUUAAUGGUGUUCUUUGAAGGAGGUUUACAGCAGUAAACAAUCCUUUGUUUGGCUAAAGAAAUACCAGCAGCAUUGCGUAGUGCUGGGUUUCAAUGAAUGGUUUCUUUGGCAAGAUGAGCAUGUUAGCAGCAGAGUGUAAGUUCUGAGGCAGCACGAUGCAUAGUGAGAAAUGUUUUGCCUCCCCUUUUUAAAUGUAUGUCAGUUCCAAAGGAGGAAAGUGGGUCUGCCUUGGUACCCAUCGGUCUUUGCUAGCUAUGAAGGCAGCUUGGAAGCAUGUUUCUCAGCUGGCUGAGGUGACUGCAGAUGCUGGACCCGAUAGGGGUGACUUUCCCUGCCACCUGGGUGUAGCUGGAAUGCAGGCUCACCGCAUGCCUGGUGCCUGAGGUGAGGGAGAGCUCAGCGCAGCCUCCUGAGUAGGAAAGCAGUUCAUGCCACGCUGUGCCCGUACUGCUGUGCCUCCUGGUGCAGGCCGUGCUCCUUUUCCCAAGCCGCUUGUGCUGAGGCCCUGCUUGGCACUGAUUCACCGAAGCCAAGGCGCCGUCUCCAGACAAAUGCAAACGGUGCAGCUGCUCUGGGUGGCAGGGAAGCUGCACAAGCUCCCUGGGGAGCUGAUGGUAUCUGAUCUGCUUAGAGCAAGCACCAAAUUUGCCGACCAGCAACGCAUUUGUGUGGUGAACGUCUCAAUCCGCAGCUCUGCAGCCCUCCAGCCACAACGGCCGCGGGCUCCGUGCUCCCCGUUCCCAGCAGUGCAACGAGCACCACGCAAUUCCCCGGGUUCUCCGUGACCAGGAGCUGUGCUCAGCCGAAUGCUGGGGCAGGCGGCCCCCUGCGUGCCCACAGCCAGCCCUGAGGUGUCCCCGUGGGGCACCAGGAGGGAGAGGGCUGCCGAACCGGCCGGGUGAGUCGGGGCUGACUGAGUCACUGCAGGCGGUGCGGCCCGGCGGUGCCGUCGGCCCUCAGCUCCAUGGCGCUCAGCGUUGGUGUCCGGCGGCUCUCCAACCUGCCGGGCCGCGGUGAGCGGCAGGUGCAGCUCGGCUUCCGAGGCUUCACACAGAAGACGAAGAAGAUCCGCUGCGGCCCGGAGGCUGUCUUCAGGGAGCUCUUUCGCUGGCCUCACUAUGGGAAACUUGGCGUGGGGGAGAUGCUGUCUGUCAAAGUGUACAACUGCAGCAAAGUGUUCAGUAACAGGCUCCUUGGCACCCUCGUCCUCAGCCUCCAACACCUGAUGACAUCUGGACGCCUGAUUCUCCGGGAGGCCCUCGUGGACAGGAACCACAGCAUCACUGGUAUUUAUAUUGAGUUGGAUUUGCGCUACCAACCUCCAGAGGGCUCGGCUGGGACCUGGGUUGAAGAAGACUUUGUCUAUCAGAUGAAAGACAGUUCAGAGUUAAUCAUCUGCAAUCCUGCAUUUGAGGAGCUGGAGGCAGCCGAGGGGCCAAGAGCAAGUGAGCUGGACAGGAGGGCUGUGACACUGGGCAGGAAGCUGGCAAAGGGCCUGGAGACUGAGGAGGAGGAGGAAGAGAUCGAAGAGGACUUCUAUGAUGUGUCUGAUGUGGAGGUGUUGGGCAUUGUCUUCAGCCCUGUGAAGAGCCGUUCCAGAAUUUGCUCCACAUGGGACCUGUUUGCCACUCCAACUCCACAGAGCUUCCAGGUUGGGAUUAAUAUCAUUGAAGCACAGAAGCUGGUGGGGGUGAACAUUAACCCCUUUGUGGUGAUCAGAGUUGGAGAGGAGAAGAGGCACACGGCAACGCAGAAGUCAACAAAUUGUCCUUUCUACAAUGAGUACUUUUUGUUUGAAUUCCACGAGCCAAGGGAAGUUUUAUUUCACAGACUCAUAGAGAUUUCAGUUUUCCACUCAAAGAAGAUACCGUUCCUGGGAACAUGCAUAGGAACGUUCAAGAUGGACAUUGCAACUGUGUACAACCAGCCAGACCACAGGUUCUUCCAGAAGUGGGCUGUUAUCAGUGACCCCACAGACACCCGGGCAGGUGUGAAAGGCUUCGUGAAAUGCAACAUCUCUGUCACCGCACGGGGAGACACUGUGGGCUCCCUUCCCACCUCCUCCAGCAGCCGAGUUGAGGACAUUGAAAAGAACCUACUGCUGCCUAAAAGAGUUCCUGCAGAGAGACCCUGGGCCAGGGUCUGCAUCAAGCUGUAUCGUGCUGAGGGCCUGCCCAGCAUGAGCGCGGGCAUUAUGGGUGGUUUCUCCAAGAUCAUAGGGGAGAAAAACGUGUUUAUUGACCCCUAUGUGCAGGUCUCAUUCUGUGGGCAGCAGGGGGAGACAUCUGUGGAGAGCAACACCACCGAGCCUGAGUGGAAUGAGCAGAUCAGCUUCAUUGAGAUGUUCCCACCUCUUGCCAAGAAGAUAAAAAUCCAGGUGCUGGAUGAUGCCAACGUUGGUGAUGUAGCCAUCGCCACACACUACAUCGACCUGCAGCAGAUCUCAGACCCCAGCAGGAAUGGUUUUAACCCCACGUUUGGCCCAGCCUGGGUGAACCUGUAUGGCUCCCCUCAGAAUUCAGCUCUGCGGGACAUCCACAAGGACCUGAAUGAGGGCAUGGGGGAGGGGAUCUUCUAUCGCGGGCGCAUCCUCAUGGCCAUCACAGUGGAGAUUUUCAGCAGCCCUGGUGUGACAGAAAGGAAGCUUGGGGACAAGACAAAAGGUGCCCUUAGCAAACUGAAGCUGAAGAAGAAAAGUAAAAAAUCCAAGGCGAAAGCCAGAGAGCUGAUCCAGCUGCAGGGAGAGGAGGAGGCUGGGGGCUCUCAGGAGGCUGAGCAGCCUGCAGAGGUCAUUGUGGAGGUGGAGGAGCUUCAUCCACUCCCUGAGAAUGCUUUGGGGAGGAAAGAAGAAUUCUUCCUUUUUGCUGCCUUCUUUGAAGCCACGAUGAUGGACUCUUCACUCAGCUCCAAACCUGUCAGCUUUGAGGUCUCUAUAGGAAACUUUGGCAAAGCUGAAGAGGCUGUGACCAAAGUACGUAAAAAAGGAGAGAAAGGAGAAGGGAGAGAAGAAAACCAUCCUUUGCUGGAUGCUGGUUCAGAUAGUGAGCUGGAUAUGGAGGUCCUGGCCCCAGAUUCAGCCCCACGGAACAAGUCAAUGACAAGGAGCCAGAGACCAGAGCCCACAGAGUAUGACAGAUCAUACAGCUGCCUGCCCAUGAUGCAUGAGAAACCCUGCGUGUAUGUGUGGAGCUACUGGGAGGAUCACACCUGGAGACUCUGCAUUUCCAACUGGAUUGUCAAGCUGGCAGAGCGCCUGGAGCAGGGACUGGAUGAUGUGGAGAAGCUCAUGAGAAGGCCUAAGGCUAAAGCUGAAGAGAGGCUCCGAGAGGUGCUGGAGGAAUUUGUAGCUGGAUGCAGGCAAUACUCACUCAGUGCAGAGAGAAAAACAAUGGCACAUCCAAACAAUCUUGACAGAUGUCGGACAAAGUACAUGAUGCGCAACAUCAUCCUAUAUGCGAAGCAGGGGCUCCGCGUGAGGAGGUGGCUGACUCGAGCCAAUGUGAAGGAGAAGGUGAAGGAGACGAGGAGAAUCCUGGCCAAACUCCGCUUCAUGGCUCAAGAGCCCCAGUGCAUACUCCCUGAUGUCCUCAUCUGGAUGCUCAGCAACAACCGGCGCGUGGCAUACGCAAGAGUCCCUGCACAAAACAUCCUCUACUCAGUGGUGGAAGAGGAGAAAGGCAAGGACUGUGCGAAGAUCCAGACUGUCUUUCUGAAGGUGCCCGGCUUGCACACUGGUGAGAUCUUUGCCAAACUGGAAAUCUACAUGUGGCUCGGGGUUACCAAAUAUGCAAAGAACUGCACGGUGGAGUUGCCUGAGGAGUUCAAGUACCUCUCUGAGAGCAGGCAGGAGAUCACCCAGUUCUCAGUGCACAGUCCUCCCAGCUGGCUCAGCAGGGAUGAUUUCAGCUAUUUCCAGCUCCGAGCUCACCUGUAUCAGGCUCGAGGGAUCCUCCCUGCAGAUGACAACGGCCUUUCGGAUCCAUUUGUGAGAGUGGUGUUUUCAACUCAUUGCCAGACCACCAGGACAGUGGAGGAGACAUUGAGCCCAAUGUGGAACGAGUUACUUCUGUUUGACCAGCUCAUUAUUGAUGGAAAGAGAGAAGAGUUGAAAACAGAGACUCCCGUUGUUAUAAUCAGUCUCUUCAAUCAGAGUACAUUUGGCUCUCCUGAGUUCCUUGGCCAGGCCUUUGCUGUCCCGCAGGUGAAGCUGGUUGAUGAGCCAUACUGCAAACCUGCCCUGCAGUUCUUUGAUUUUUACAAAGGCUCCAAACCAGCUGGGGAGCUCAUUGCCACUUUUGAGCUGAUCGAGUUGGAUUACAGCGGCUAUUUGGAGCCAUCAGUGCCUGAGGAUGUGGAGCCCAAGGAGCCCAGCUACCUGGGGGAUCCCCGAGCCGGACGGUUCAUCAUCCCGGAGGGCAUCCGCCCCGUGCUGAAGGAAUUUCGCAUAGAGAUCCUGUUCUGGGGCCUGCGGGACCUGAAGCGAGUCAACUUGUUCGAGGUGGAUCAGCCACAGGUGAUCAUUGAAUGUGCGGGCAAGAAGGUGGAGUCGGAGGUGAUUGUGGCCUACAGUGAGAACCCCAACUUCACCGAGCUGGUCAAAUACAUGGAUGUGGAGCUCCCAGAGCAGGUCUACCUGCACCCUCCCCUCAGCAUCUUUGUGGUGGAAAAGCGGGCGUUUGGGCGCACUGUGCUGGUGGGGACCCACGUUGUGUCUGAUGUGAUGAAAUUCUCUCCCAGAGAGCUGGAAGAAGAGGAAACAGAAGAUGUGCCCAAAGCCCAGAAAUUCUCAACCCGGCGUCUUCCACCUCAGACUGCAGUAACCACUGGCCCAGCCUCAGGUCAGCCAGGUCCCAGUGCUCACCCCCUGAGUCUGGUGAAGGCUCCUUUGAAAAAGAUUCCUAUCAAUAAGUUUGCAAAGAAGGAGGAUGAAUAUGAAGAGGAAAAACCAGAUCCAGAAGAACUAGACUGGUGGUCCAAGUACUAUGAGUCUCUGAAGGAGCUGUAUAACCAGACACGCAGUGAUGAGGAAGAUGCUGAGAACGAUGACCUGAAUGAUGCAGAUGGAGGGAAUUUAAAUGCAGCUUACAUUGAUAUGGAAGCAGAAGAUGAAACAGUAAUUGAAGCUGAACCUGCUCAGCCCAGGAGGAAGCUCAUUGCCACCCUUCAGAUCUACAACUCUGAGCUGGAAAAUGAGUUUGAUAAUUUUGAAGACUGGCUAUGUAUUUUCCCCCUUCAUCGUGGCAAAGCAAAUGAUGAUGAAGAUGGACACGAGGAUGAGAAUUCUGUGGGGAAGUACAAGGGUUCCUUCUAUGUCUACCCCAGUGUGGAAGCUGGCAUGGAACCCAAGGUUUCCCAGGGUGUUCCAAGGAACAGACCCAUCAAGGUUCUUGUGAGAGUUUAUAUUGUGAAGGCUACAAACCUGUCUCCAGCAGACCCCAACGGCAAGGCAGACCCCUACGUGGUGGUGACAGUGGGACAGGAGCAGAAGGACACAAAGGAGCGAUACAUCCCAAAGCAGCUCAAUCCUGUAUUUGGAGAAGUUGUGGAGCUGACAGUCUCCUUUCCCAUGGAAUCAGAGCUCACUGUGGCAGUGUUUGAUCAUGAUUUGGUUGGAUCUGAUGAUCUGAUUGGAGAGACUAAGAUUGAUUUGGAGAACCGAUUCUACAGCAAGCACAGGGCCAACUGUGGAGUGGCUUCACAGUAUGACACAAAUGGCUACAACACGUGGCGAGAUGCCUUCAAGCCCACACAGAUCUUGGAUAGCUUAUGCAAGAAAAUGUCACUCCCUGCAGCAGAGUACAGACGGGAGGAAGUCAAAGUGGGCAACAAAAUCUUCAAGGUCCCUCCAGAGGCUUUUCCUGAAGAGGCCUCUGUGAGGGCCCAGAGAGGAGCAGCUGAUGAGAACUGGUCAGUGGAUGAUGAGCACAAGGCUUUGUACGUCCUGCAGCACUGGGAAGAGAUGCCAGGACACGGGUACAAGCUGGUACCAGAGCAUGUGGAGAUCCGAUCCCUUUACAACCCUGAGAGCCCUGGGCUUGUACAGGGCUCCCUGCACAUGUGGAUCGACAUGUUUCCCAAUGACGUUCCCGCACCACCACCAGUCAAUAUCAAACCCCGACUGCCUAUCAGCUACGAGCUGCGUGUGAUUAUCUGGAAUACAGACGAUGUGAUCCUUGAUGAUGUCAACCCAGUAACUGGAGAGCCUUCUAGUGACAUCUACGUGAAGAGCUGGAUAAAGGGGCUCGACCACGACAAGCAGGAGACAGAUGUUCACUUUAACUCCUUGACUGGGGAGGGCAAUUUCAACUGGAGGUUCAUCUUCCGCUUCAACUAUCUCCCAACUGAGAAGGAGAUCACCUACAAGAAGAAGGAUUCUGUCUUCUCCGUGGAGGAAUCAGAAUUUCGGGAGCCAGCUGUUCUGGUCCUCCAAGUCUGGGAUUAUGACAGGAUUUCAGCUAAUGACUUUCUAGGCUCCAUUGAGCUGAAGCUGCACGACAUGGUGCGGGCAGCCAAGAGCUCAGAGCAUUGCACCAUCAAGAUGGCAAAGGAGAACGCUGCGCCUCGCUUCUCCAUCUUCCGCAACAAGCGCAUGAGGGGCUGGUGGCCCUUCAUCAAACUCAAAGAUCAAGAAGAUGAGGAGAGGGAGGCCAAGGAGAAGAAGAAGAAAAAGAAGAAGUGGAGCAGCUCCGUUAAACCAGAAGACAUUGAGUUCACAGACCCUAGUGGGAACAAGUACUUCCUGACGGGUAAAGUAGAGGCAGAGUUCCAGCUGCUGACUAUGGAGGAGGCUGAGAAGAAUCCUGUUGGUUUGGGCCGAAAAGAGCCCGAACCCCUGGAAAAGCCCAACCGGCCAAAAACUUCUUUCAACUGGUUUAUGAACCCCAUGAAAACCUUUGUGUUCUUUAUCUGGAAGCGGUACAAGAAGUACAUCAUUGUGCUGUUUGUGGUUGCUCUUCUGACGGUCUUCCUGGUUCUGCUGAUCUACACUAUGCCUGGAUACAUUAGUGAGAAGAUCAUCAAUGGAUAAAUGCUCUCUAGAGCAGGACUACACAAAAACAGGGGUGAUUAUUGCAGUAACUGAGGUCAGACCAGGAAGUUUAAGGAAACCUUGCAAAUGCACAGGCAAUCUGGAGAGUGAGAGGCCAGGCUCUCUUUGGGGAGUCAUGUCUCUUGCUAAGUACCCAUGGGAUGCUAAGGAAUCAAGUAACCAACCUACUAAAUUGGAACAUGCUGCCCAGGAAAGUGGUGGAGUCACUGUCCAUUCAGGUUUUCAAGAAGAAUUUAGAUGUGGCUCUGAGGAAUGUGGUUUAAUGGUGGGGAUUGGACUAGAUGAUCGUUGUGGUCUUUUCCAGCCUUAAUGAUUCUAUGAUUCUAAAUAAAGCAAACUCCUUCAA